AUGGCCAAAGUGCACGUCUUUCGGUCUCCGACAUCCCACCUGGCGAUUGUGGCGUGGCACAAACCUAUGGCAUUCCUGAGUGGGGUCGGGGCGCUAAACGUUGCAAGCAUGCAUGGUCUGCCCUUUUCGUUCCUGUCUGCACUUAUGACACCCAGUGACAUGGGCUUAGGGGCGAUGUUCUACGGCUCGGGCAUUCGAACUGUCAGUAUUCGUCUAUGCGGCGCCACUAACAUGCCUCAACUCGACCACGCUUUUGAUGGCCCAAACGCCAUGUGGGAACUCUUGGUGCCUUCCUCCUUGUACGCCUUGCACGAGCACAACGCCAAGUAUAACCUCAUGCCGCUGUUCAGCCACCGCGGGUCGGACUGCUUUGUCGCGCGAUACACUGCCAGUGGCCAACUCAAAUUGAAGUGUCGGCUGAAUUUGUGGCGCUGCCUCGAUCGCAUCGAAUGA